GAAAUAACCCAUGAAUCAAAAACCGUGUAAUUUUACAGUGAGAGAAAUGACAGCUAGAGAAGAGGAAAGUUUGGUGGCUAUGAACGGAGAAGAGGAAGAGCAUGAUUCGAGGGAGAGAUUUCUACUUAGAUACUUUUUGCAAGAAUGGAAGCUUGUUAAAUCCCUUCUCGAUGAUAUUGUUGCAAAUGGCCGUGUCAUUGAUCCUUCUUCUGUUCAGAAAAUCCGCUCCAUCAUGGAUAAAUACCAGGAGCAAGGUCAAUUAGUGGAACCUUACUUAGAGAGUAUAGUUUCUCCAUUAAUGUUUAUCAUCCGUUCGAAAACAGUUGAAUUAGACGCGAAACCUGAUGAAAUUCUCGAUAUUAUUAAGCCGAUAAGCAUUAUUAUCUAUGCUUUAGUUACUGUCUGUGGUUACAAAGCUGUUAUCAAGUUCUUUCCGCAUCAAGUAUCAGAUUUGGAACUCGCUGUGGCGCUUCUGGAGAAGUGCCAUAGUAUGACUUCUGUUUCGUCGUUGAGGCAAGAAAGCACUGGAGAAAUGGAGGCUAAAUGUGUUACUCUUUUGUGGCUUUCUAUCCUUGUGUUGGUCCCGUUUGAUAUUUCUUCUGUUGAUACAAGCAUUGCAAACGAUAAGAGCUUUGGUGUGGACGAUCUGGCUCCUUUGGUAUUGAAGAUUUUGGGUUUCUGUAAGGACUAUCUGUGCAGUGCUGGCCCUAUGCGCAGGAUUUCGGGAUUGCUUCUCUCUAAGCUUUUAACGCGUCCGGAUAUGGGAAAGGCAUUUGCAAGUUUUUUCGAGUGGACCCAUGAAGUUUUAUCUUCUAAGGAAGAUAGUGUCGUGAACAACUUUCGCUUGAUUGGUGUGAUGGAGGCUCUGGCUGCCAUUUUUAAGACUGCUAGCCGGAAAGUGUUGCUAGAUGCCCUUCCUGUUGUUUUGAAUGAUGUGAUCGUGCUAAGCAAAUCAAAUGGAGCAACUAGAAGUCCUCUGCUUCGCAAGUAUUUGAUCAAGUUAACUCAGAGGAUAGGGCUUGUUUGUCUUCCUCAUCGGUCACCUUCCUGGCGCUAUGUGGCUCAAACCGCCUCCCUUUCUGAGAAUAUAUCUACGAGUUUGACCCAAGAGCCGCCUGAUCAUGCUAUCUUUGCCGUCUCGCAACCAGAAAGUUCGGAUGACCAAGAAGAUGAAGAUAUGGAUGUUCCUGAAAUCUUAGAACAGAUAAUUGAAAUGCUACUCUCUGGUUUGAGAGACACGGACACUGUGGUUCGUUGGUCUGCUGCAAAGGGUAUAGGUCGUGUAACUUCACGACUAACAUCUGUUCUUUCUGAAGAAGUGCUGUCAUCUGUAUUAGAACUGUUUUCACCAGGAGAGGGAGAUGGAUCAUGGCAUGGGGGUUGCUUGGCUUUAGCUGAACUGUCUCGCAGAGGGUUACUGUUGCCUAGAAGUUUCCCACAAGUCGUCCCAGUUAUUGUUAAGGCACUCCAUUAUGAUGUCCGUCGAGGUCCGCACAGUGUUGGAUCUCAUGUGCGUGAUGCAGCUGCCUAUGUUUGUUGGGCAUUUGGGCGCGCCUAUUACCACAAAGAUAUGAAAAAUGUCCUGGAUCAGCUUGCUUCAGAUUUAUUGAUAGUGGGUUCCUUUGAUAGAGAGGUGAACUGUAGAAGGGCUGCUGCCGCUGCUUUCCAAGAGAAUGUUGGAAGGCAAGGAAAUUACCCUCAUGGGAUUGACAUAGUGAACAUAGCUAACUAUUUUUCUCUUUCUUCUCGGGUGAACUCGUACCUUCAGGUUGCUGUUUCCAUUGCUCAAUAUGAAGGGUAUCUAUAUCCUUUUUUGGAUGAAUUGCUAUACAACAAGAUCUGCCACUGGGAUAAAAGCUUGAGAGAACUUGCCGCAGAAACUCUUGCUGCUCUUGUUAAAUACGAGCCUAAGCACUUUGCCAACUAUGUGCUGGAGAAACUAACUCCUCGUACCCUUUCAAGUGAUUUGUGCAUGCGCCAUGGUGCAACAUUGGCAGCUGGAGAGGUUGUGUUAGCUCUGCACCAGUGUGGCAAUGUUCUUUCUGCUGAGAGCCAUAAGCGUAUGGCUGGGAUUGUCCCUGCCAUUGAGAAAGCACGGCUUUACCGUGGGAAAGGUGGAGAGAUAAUGCGACUGGCUGUCUCACGGUUUAUCGAGUGUAUCUCGUUAUCACAUGUGACAUUAACUGAGAGAACAGAACGGAUCCUGCUUGAUACCCUCAAUGAGAAUUUAAGACAUCCCAAUUCUCAAAUACAGAGUGCAGCUGUCAAUGCUGUUAAACAGUUUGUGCAAUCCUAUCUCGUUUGCAAUGAUAAGAUUGCUGUUGAUUUAGUAUCAAAACACUUGACACAUCUAACCGACCCAAACGUAGCUGCUCGGAGAGGUUUUGCACUUGCACUAGGUGCCUUGCCAUGUGAAAUAUUGACUGCACAGUGGAAGGAUGUAGUUUUGAAGCUCUGCAGUGCAUGUCAGAUAGAGGCUAAUCCUGGAGAUAGAGAUGCUGAGGCACGCAUGAAUGCUGUGAAGGGACUCAUAUCCGUGUGUGAAACUCUUACUCAGCGAAGUGCUAGUGAUCCUGAAAACGAUGACCUGUCUCUCUUUAUUCUUAUCAAGACUGAAGUGGUGGAUACUUUACUGAAAGCUCUUGAUGACUAUUCAGUUGAUAACAGAGGUGAUGUUGGUUCUUGGGUUCGUGAAGCUGCAAUCCAUGGACUUGAGAAAUGUACAUAUAUUCUCUGUAAGAAAGUACGAACAAAUUCAGCGGAUGAUCAUAACAAUGAAUCAUCCUCGCUUUUUGAUUCAAAUCUCGCAAACCAUUUGAUUGGAGGUAUUGUGAAACAAGGAAUGGAGAAAAUGGAUAAAUUAAGAGAAACUGCUGCAAAAGUUCUUCAAAGGAUUUUGUAUCACGAAACUGUUACCGUCCCUUUCAUACCUCAUAGAGAAACACUGGAAGAAGUUAUUCCCAACAAAGCAAGCUUACAAUGGGCGGUUCCGGAAUUCUCUUUCCCACGUUUUGUUCAGCUCUUGAAAUUCCGUUGUUAUAGCAAACAGGUAAUGUCUGGAUUAGUAAUUUCUAUCGGAGGAUUACAAGAGUCGCUUAAAACAGCUUCGCUCUCUGCAUUACUGGAGUAUUUGAGGGAAGAAGAUGAAGCUAAAGACCUCAAACAACAACAAUCUAGAGAAUCUGCGAUUUGCGACGACAUCCUCUGGAUACUUCAAGAGUACAAAAAAUGUGACCGAGUUAUCGUACCCUGUCUAAAGACAAUUCAAGAGCUCUUGGACAGGAUUUUUCGGAAUCAAGAGGCUUAUACGUUGAGUUUCUACACGGGACUCAUGGAUUCCUUAGCCAUCGAACUAAGAGCCUCAAAGAAAUUCGAAAAGGUAGACGCAGGCGUUGGAAUACUUGGGUCUAUUGCCUCUGUUUCGGAACCCAUCAGCACACAAGCGUUCUCUCAGCUUAUAUCAUUCCUUGCCCACCAAUACCCAAAGAUCCGAAAUAAGGCAGCUUUUCAAGCCUAUCUUGCGCUGCUACAAAACAAAAUCUUAGUACCAGAGGACAAGAUUGAGAAAGUGAAACAUAUAAUAUCUGAGACUUGUUGGGAUGCUGACAUGGAGUCAACCCAAUCUCAGAGGUUAGAAUUGUGUGAAUUGACUGGCUUAGAUCAUGGAGUAGUGUUCAAGACCAGAAUCAGAAGGGUGACUAGGGAUAGAAUUACGGCUUUGGACGAGAAUGCGUCUUACUCAGCUCUGGUCGAUUCCUCUGGCUUCUGAUUGGUAAGCAUAUGCAUUGUUAAUACUUAAUAGUGUAUAGGGACUUUUGUUCGAAAUAGGCUUUAGUGUGCUAAAAUUUAUCAUUUUUUAUUUCUCUUCUGUUCUCAUGCAUUUAGGUGAAGCGGAGUCAGGCCUUGAACGAAUUCAUCAAUGUGCUGAAAAAGAAUCGCAAACAUACUUAGACGCGAAAGGUCCGUGUACAUAUUGUAAUGAGUUCCGCUCAAAACUGGAUGGUUUAGCAAGGUACUUUCCAAACCUAUAAAAUACUGAAGCUAAA